CUUCCACAUACAAUUGCACUUGAUUAUAAUAAUGAUCAAUAAUAUUUGUGAAAGUAAUAAAUCUACACAAUCAGCCACGGCCUUUAAAGCAACGACGACAACAGCUGCAGCAAUCGUGGACAACAGACACAAUGAUGGUGAUGAGGCCAAUGAUGUUGCAUCCACGAAUACCAACAAUAGCAGCAACAGCAGGGGUGGUGUAGUACAAACAACAUAUGGACAUGGCAUUUGGUAUAGCGAAAUUAUUGAUGGUGCCAGGAAUACAAAUAAAAAUAAUAAUAAAAUUUUCCAUCAACAACAAUACUACAAUAAUGCCAACAGCAGUAGUAACUUUAACAGCAGCCACAACAACAACAAUAAAGAAAACAUUGUCAAUAGAAAUGUAUGGUUGACAACGCGCUGUGAUGUUGUAAAGGAGCAACAGAAACAGCAACAAUCUCACAACAAUAAUACGACAAAUGAGUGUGAUAUAGUUAUCGUUGAUAUUGAAGAUGACGAUGAUAAUGCUGAGGUUGAGAGGCUGCAGCAGCAGCCAAUAUAUAGUGUUCCCCAAAAGUUUUUCAUGAAUGCAAAUAUGCAAUUUUCCAAGCAAAAACAACCAGCAACCAUCUAUGAUAGCAAACGUUGUGUGGCAGCAAAAAAUAAUAUCACUGGCAAUGUCAACGCAUCCAAUCCAAUGCAUAUAGCCAAUGAUGACCAUGUAGAUGUGAACGAAAACGACAGGAUUGCGGAGGAUGACGAUGAUGAUUCAUUAGCGUCAAUGGAGACCCUUUCUGAUAAUGUGUCAAUAUGGAUAGGUGGUGAAAAACAUUGGGUGGCAGGUGUUGAUGCGAAUACAACCUGUUCGGAUCUAAUCUGGGCACUGCUCAAUUAUCAAAAUGGACAACUGCCCAGCCAGCAGCAAACGCAACAUCCACAUGUGUUUGCCAUUGCCACGUCACUACCAUCAACAAAUGGCGAAAAUAUUGCUGCAACUGUGAUUAACAAAACAAAUAGUAAUCAAUGCGAAAAGCACGUACUGCAACAGCAACGACAUCAGCAGCAACCAAAAACAUACGAUAACAAUGAUUUAGAUUUUAGUUUUAGCAUGAGUACAAACGAGGGCAGUAGCAAUUUAUGUACAGACAAUAAACCAAAUAUCCAAAAUACAGCUAAUACCAACAACACUUCAAAUCCCACUACCAUUACUAGCAGCAGCACCAUUAUUACCACGACUAUUAAUCAAUCAAUGCCAAUAAAUACCAAAGAAAAUUGCAAAAUAAUCCAAAACUCAACUUUAGUAACAGCAGAAGCACCAGCAGUAACAGUAACAUCAGCGGCAGCAACAGCGACAUUAUCAGCCACACCGAUUAUAUCAUCAUCUGCACCUGUUCCUGCUAUACCACCUACACUUUUACCUAUAACAUUGCCACCUGGCAUAACAACCGUUUCGCAACUUGCCACCGAGUAUGUCAUCGUUAAACAGUACCAUCACUGUGAGGAAUAUCUAGAUGGUAGUACAAAAGUUUUUGAUGUUUUACCUCGACGUGAUGGUUCCCAUAAAAAGGAGUGUGAAUUGUUGUUACGCCAUUUGGGACCCGCACCGGCCGUGUACAUCAAUAAUACAACACCACAGUUGUCAUCAUUAAUCUCCACCGACAAGGACAGCGGCAUGGGUAGUCCAGUAGGCAGUGCACGUAGUGCGAAAUUUCGUCGUCGCAAGCAUAAAUCAUCACAAUGGCUGGCACAGGCCAAUACACUGCAUCCGAAAUUAUCACGCUGUACGGGGAAUGAGCGUCUGAUGAAAAUUAUUCUCGCCCAGGAUGAGACAAUACAACGACAAUUGUCCUUGUUACGUGAAAAGGAACGUCAAAUUACCAAGAUUGAAGAGGAGAAACAUCGUAAACGUGAACGUGAGUUGGGUAAAAACUACUUGCUGGAAACCUAUUUAAAUGGUUUAGAUGAAGCCGAAUGCGAACCGGAAAUACAAGAUGGUGAAGAGAUUUUUAUAGAUGAACCGUACCAUCGAACGGCAACAGCAACGACGCUACUAAUACCAAAUCCUAGGACAACAAUUACACCAACAGGAGCAAAGUUAGCUGCUGGAGCCGUAACAGAUAAAAUACCCUCAGCUACCGAGGCAUUUAAUAUGAUGGCAAGACAUAAACUCAAGGAUAAGGAAGUGAAAAAAGAAAAGAAAAAGAAACGACACAAAGACAAAUUCACAAAGGAUGAGGUGAUUCCAGCAAAGGAUUUUAAUUUAAAAACAAAUAAAAAUAAAGAUAAAGAAAAGUUGGAUAAACAACAAAAAGAACAACAGCAUGAACUGAAUGAAUUGAAAGCUAUAGAUGGUAAUGGCAACAAGGACAAUGGCAAUGAGCAGGAAAUUGAAAUGCAAAUAUUGUGGUUGGAAAAAAUCUACACUCUAAAUAAACAACUACAAAAGGAAGAAGAGCUGGCUGCCAAAUUGCAUGCCAAGGUACGCAAACAUCAGCUAAGGAUGGCUCAACAGACUCAGCAUGAAGCACAAAUGGAAAUUGAUAAACUCGAUAAUAAUUUGGCACUACAGUGCGGCGAUAUACGUAAAGUGGAGGCAAACCUAAUGCAGACAAAUGAACAAUUACAAAAGAAAUUGCUCAUUUUAGAACGGCUUAGUAUGGAGUAUUUGCAAGAGCAACAAGAAAACGCUAGUGUUAUUAAGGAUAAUAAUGAGCAGCAAGCCGAUCAAAUAACUACAACAAAACCUAUAGAAAAUCCGCUUAAAAAUGAUGCCAACACUUUACUAACGAACCUAGAGAAAUCUAUAGAUAUACAGAAAUUAUCCUUAAAUAAUAUAAAAUCAAAAGAACAAGUUAUAAAAUUAGAAAAGAUUAUAGCCAAACCAAGUCUUGAAUUACGAGCCACAAAAAUUGAGCAUAAAGAACCUAAACCAGCGGCAUCAGCCUCGAUAGCUAAUAAUCCUUUGCGAAUAAAUAUGAAAACAACUGUUUUACCUCCAACAAAUCAGCCAAGAUUUUCAAAUGAAAUUAGAGCAAAUUCCAUGAAUGACACUUCAAAUUCAACCAAUCGUAAUGUUUUUGUUACAACUACAAAUAAUCAACCACAACAGCAGCAACAUCCUCAACAACCAGCUACAACUUCCACCCCCACAACGUCAGUAUCAGUUACAGCACACACUUUAUCCAGUGAAGCGGCAUUGUCUCACAGUACAGUGUCAACGUCAUGUAUGUUUAUUGAUAAAAAUAUGUUGUCGUCAUUACAUGUACAAAAUGCCAAAACCAUUAAGAAACAAAUGUUUCAUACACAAACAACAUCAGCAACAGCAGCACUAACAGGAAAAAUACCAGCAACAUCUAUAUCAUCACAUCUACUGCCGCCACCUCCACCGCUAUCACUACUACCACCACUAUCAAGUGCAUUCCCUAAACAACAAUUUCAACAUAUUUUCCAUCAACAGCAACAACACAUGCCAAUGGCAUCUACAUUUCUAACCUCAAGGCCACAAAAUUCUCACCAAAUACCAGCUACAAAUAUUGUUCUAGUACAACAACCUUCCACAGCUUCUUCGUCCUUCUCCUGCUCUUCUAAUUUUACAACAUCAUCGUCAUCAUCACCACUAUCGUCAUCAUCGUUAACAGCCGCAUCAGCAGCAGCAACAGUAUCCGCAUUAAAAGCCUCACAACCGCCCACCUCUGCCUCUCCUUCACCCUCUAUUAUGGCCAUGAAUACAGUGGAUAUAAGUCAAUUGGGUACAUUGGUCUAG